GCCUCGGGUAUCCCCAUAAAUCUUCCCCUCCGUAAUCAUCAUUAUAUAUAGUUUUCAAAAGCAUGUUAAAAGUUUUCAACUUUUCCGGCUUUUGCAAUUCAACUUUGCCGCAAACAAACGUUUAUCCUGGUGAUUUUUAAACCUUUUCUCAUGUAAUUUGUUGCGGGUGGAAUUCUAGUUGUUUUGUUAAUGCAAAAAGCUCCGCCUGCAGUCUAUGCCAUGAAGUUUUAAGACUUGAAGAAGAAUGUAAUCAAAGCAAUAAUGGGGUUAAUUUUGAACUGAUGAAAGUAAAUAUCCAUGGGAGUUUCCCCCCUCUUUAUAAGAACCGCUUUCUCCCGGUGUUUACGUUGCUGUAAAGUUAAAAUUAGUUUCGCAGUCGUUGCUAAUACAUAUGUUUACAAUGCUCAGAUGGUUCUAGAUUUAGACCUUAACGCACCACCUAGGGUUGAAGAUCUUUCAGUAAUGGACACUGCUAGCGACGUGAAUACAAAUUUGGAGCUUGGACUGCCCCAAGUGCAAGUCAUGGCAAAUAUCGAUGCUGGUGAUGAUGAUGAUGUUCUGAUAUGCUCUCCAAGAAGUUUUGCGGAGGCUAAGGAAAAGGCAAGGAGGAACUGUCCUGUAAUAGAAGUGCUAGAUGAUGAAACUGAAGCACACCAAGGAUCCCCAGGGUUGAUUUGUGCUGGCCGUAACACACGAAGGAGAGAUUCAAGAAGGAAUGGUGCAAAUAUUGUGUGCAUAGACUUGGAAGCUUCUGAAAAGUGCAAGAGCAAGGAUUAUAUUAAGCAGCAUAAAAAGGUGUCCCACCCGCAGGCAGCAGCUCAACCGCCAGCACCGCCUGCCUUAAGUUGUCCAGUUUGUAUGGCACAGCUGGUGGAAGAGACGUCAACCAAAUGUGGACAUAUUUUCUGUAAGAAAUGUAUAGGUGCUGCGAUAGCUGCCCAAGGGAAAUGCCCCACCUGUAGACGGGAACUCAAAGCCGGAAAAGACACUUUCAGGGUCUACCUUCCGACAUCUUAUUAACAUGACAAGAUUCCGAAGUGUUGAUGUAGAGGAAGGAGUAGGUGGAGUGCAUGCAGGGUAUAUUGGUCUAACCUUUCUAAUUAUGAUGAUUUAGGAGAUUGGCUUUGAUUUUCCUGUUCCUCUCUUGUAGCAAGAAAGAGUCGUUGCCCCCUCCAUAUUAGGGGUUUUGUUUCUAUUGGUAACAAUAAAAUGAUUAUGUUUUUCUAUGGGCAUUUUGACAUUUUGUUGAACCCAAACAGUGAAAGUAUCCUGCUAGGCUUCCUAAAGCCAAUGUGACAUCCUUUUUUUUUUGGAGAAAGCCAAUUUCAUACUUCGUUUUGAGUUCCGUUAUGUUGUUAUCUAUAUUUGUUGUAGG